AUGGAAACUAACCAAAACAUUUUAUAAUAGGAUCAAGAAAAUGACCUUUAAUUCAUCUGCACUAGUUCUCAAUGUAAAUUUCGAGGAUGUACCAAAUCAAGGGAUAUUCAAAGCAAGCAUAAAAAUUGCAAUGUGCUGCCAUAUAAGGAAUUUGUAGAGUCAAUUGAAAAUUAUACGGAUUAAAUUUUCCCAUCAGAAACCUUUAAGAUUUAUGAUCAAAAACUAAAAUAAUAUCUAAAGAAGAUCAAUAAAUUACAAGAGGAGGUGAAUGACAAAUCAUUAAUGUUUAAUAAAAUAAAAAAAGAAUUAAAUAACGCGAAUGUUUAAAAAAAUAAAUUAUAGCAAUUACUGUAAUAAUUCAAAGAUAAAACUACUCAAUUAAACUUUGAGUUGUUGGAGAAAACAUAUUAAUCAUCCAAAUAAUAAAAAACUAUCGACAACGUUCAAAGAAAUUAAAAAAAGAUUGACCAUGAAUUGACAACAAACUAAUUUAGAUUAGCAAUAAGCCAAGUUGAAUUUUAGGAUGAUGACUAAUCAAGUGAUGAAGACUCUAGCGAUGAUGAAUCUAGUGAUGAUCAAAGUUAAAGGAUCUCAAAUCAACAACUAGACCCUGAAGUAUAAGAACUAGAAAAUAAAUACAAUUAAGCUUUUAAUUUUUUAAGGAAUAAUGCUAUUACCUAAGUUAAAUAAAAUAAAGAGGAAUAACUAUCUUAAUUACAAGAAUAGAUUUAAUCCUAGUAAUAUGAAGAAUAAACUAAUAUUAAAUUUAUUGAAAAAUUCGGAAACAAUUCAAUCUUAGUUGCAACUAAAAGCCAAUUAGGAAUAUACGAUUUAAUAUCUAAAAGCUUAUAAUGGAUUAAAUAAGUUGAUACUAAAAUCACUUCACUUUAAGUUACAAAUUUUGAAUAAGUAAUUGUUGUUGGGAAGAAGGAUGGAAAUAUAGAAGUUUUGGAAUGGAACUCAGAAUCAAAGGAUAAAUUAAAUUCAAGCAACUUUAGAGUAAGUAAUGAAGAAGGAAGGUUAUUCGUAGAAAAAUUGCAGCCAAGACAUAUUGCAUGUUUAGGGAGAGAUGGAAAUUGUAAAAUCUAUGAAACACCCAAUUUCAAUGUUGUAGACAACUAUAAAUUAGAUUAAGGAACCAAAAUAGUUCCUACUUGUUUUUUUGCAAUAUCUGAACAAUAAUUCAUUAUUGGAGCAGAGAAAACGUUGUUUUUUAAUAAAACAAAAAUAGAAUACAAAUUUAAUGGAAAAAUAAAAUAAAUUUGUUAAUUUGGCAACAGAUGGUUGGUAGCAGAUAAAGCAACUAUUUACAUCUUAGUAUAAAAUGGGGAACUCAUUUCUGUAUUCAAAGAAUAUCCUUUUUCUCCAAAACAAAUCAUUUAUAUGACUACAUUUUAUGAAAGUCAAUUCAUUUACAUUAAUACUAAAUCUUCAAAAUCUGAUGAUUAUUAGAAUCAAGUUGCUACUAUAUAGACAUCAGGCGAAUAAUUAGAUCUUCAAUUAUAACAGCUAGAUAAGAAUAUUCAAGUAAAGUUGCUGAAAGGAUAUUAAAAUAAGAAUGAAACUUUUCUAUAUGGAAUUGACGGUUCUAAUAUCAAAGAGUACAAAAUGAUUAGAGAGAAUGAUAAAUUUAUAGUUUUAUGA